AUGGAGGGAGAUGCAGUCACUCUAAGCACUGAUGUUACUGAUACACAGACAGAUGAUCUGAUCAUGUGGAAAUUUGGAACUAAAAAGACUCUCAUAGUUAAAAUCAACAAAGCGACCAAUGAGAUAUCAAUAAAGGAUCAUGUUCUUGAUGGGAAAUUCAGAAGCAGACUGAAGGUGGACAGUAAGACUACAUCUCUGGCCAUCACAAACACCAGAAUCACAGACUCUGGACUAUAUGAAGUGACCAUCAGUGGCAACACAGAGACUGAAACCAGAUUUAAUGUUACUGUCUACAAUGCAGUGACAUUAGUAUCAGUGCUGGAGGGAGAUUCAGUCACUUUAAACACUGGUGUUACUGAAAUGAUGGAUUAUGAUCUGAUUCUGUGGAGGUUUGGAACUGAAAACACUGUAAUAGCUGAAAUCAAUGUACUGGCCAACAGAAUCACUGUGUAUGAUGAUGUUCUUGAUGGGAGAUUCAGAGACAGACUGAAGCUGGAUGAUCAAACUGGAUCUCUGACCAUCAAAAACAUCACAACUCAACAUGCUGGACUCUAUAAACUACUGACCAACAGUGUGAGAAAGAAUUUCAGUCUCACUCUCUAUGGGGAGAUAAAAAUGUCUCGUCUGCCUGUUCCUGUCAUCAGCAGUAACUCUUCACAAUGUUCAUCAUCAUCAUCAUCAUCAUCAUCAUCAUCACAGCAGAAUUGUUCAUUGAUGUGUUCAGUGCUGAAUGUGAGUCGUGUGACUCUCUCCUGGUACAAAGGAAACAGUUCAUUGUCCAGCAUCAGUGUGUCUGAUUUCAGCAUCAGUCUCUCUCUACCUCUGGAGGUGGAAUAUCAGGAUAAAAACACCUACAGCUGUGUGAUCAACAAUCCCAUCAUCAACCAGACCACACAUCUGGACAUCAGCAAACUCUGUCACACAUGUGCAGAGGUUCACGCCAGUUGUUGUGAUACUGCUGAAGCUGUGAUCCGAUUGGUCGUCACUGUUCUGAUGGGUGUGGCUGCUGCGGCUGCUGUUGUUCUUCUGGUCAAUGACGUCAGAUCUACAAGAGGUUAA